AUGGGAUAUUGCCCGUCUGUGCCGGAGGACAUCCAGCACUACUGCUGCGCCUCGUGCGCGGGCGCAUCAUACGACUCCCUCCGGGACUCGCGCAAAGGAGGGAGUCGCGAUAGGGGGUCCGGCGACGGCUGCAGCAACGACGAUCAGUGCUUGUCUGGCGCGUGUCGCGACUGGAGCAACUUUGACAAGCGCUGCUGCCCGCACGGCCACGGCAACAGGUGGGACCAGUGCGGCAACCUCCCCUCAGGCAGCGCGUGCAAGAACUGGGAUGGUUCCCAGUGCCAGAGCGGCCGCUGUCACGACUGGACCUGCACCAGGGCCAAUAGAGAGAAUGGCGAGAGUUGCGGCGCUGACGGGGAGUGCUUGUCUGGCGCGUGUCGCGACUGGAGCAACUUUGACAAGCGCUGCUGCCCGCACGGCCACGGCAACAGGUGGGACCAGUGCGGCAACCUCCCCUCAGGCAGCCCGUGCAAGAACUGGGAUGGUUCCCAGUGCCAGAGCGGCCGCUGUCACGACUGGACCUGCACAAAGACCUGCAGCAACGACAACCAGGUCGACGGCCUCACUCCGCGCCACUCGGACUGCGGAGACGGCCUCUGCAACUAUGAACCGGGGUGGUUCUUUGGCUUUUUUGGUUCCGGCCGGUGCGAUUCGUUGCCCCCUUACUUCUGCCUCGGUAUCGACGACGUCGAGUACUGCGCCGCUGACAGCAAUGUCGGCCACGGCCGCCGGGAGUACCACGGCGACAACCAUCACACAGUCGAAUUUCCAAAUGGGGAGAUCGAGGCGUGGAUUUCCUGCUAA